AUUUCUUUCAAAAGGCGUGGGGUAGCCUGUGGGCAGCCUUGUUUGAAAUGAAAGAAAAAAAUAAAAUGGAGUUUCUUAACAAUUCUAGAAGCCCAUGACCACUCUUUCUUCCUCUCUACACUGUUACACGUUUGUUCUCUUUUUUCUUCUUCCCCCAAAAAUUGAUGGUUUCUUUUUCCUCCUCUUUGACCUUUCAAUUCCAUCAACCAAUCUUCUCUGCCAACUGGUUGCCCAUCAUCAUAUAUAUUCCAUCCUCCCUUUUCCAUUCGAGAAAAGAAGAAGAAGACGCAGAGGAAUAGUUAUGGUCGUAGAUGCACCAAAUGGAAGAAACUAAGAUCACCAUAGCAGUCAAGAAACGCGUCGUUCACUCCUGUGUUUUCCUCUUCGGAUUCUACUGCUGGGACUGGGAAUUUCUCACAGCUCUGCUUCUCUUCAGUUGCUCUUUCUAGAAUCCGAAUCUUAGCCACUUUUAUAGAAUUCUCGUAUCCUAGUUUAGCAGUACUCGUAGUUCUAUUUCCGAGUUUAACACAUAAAAAAGUCGUUCAGUGAUUAGAGUUGACCGUGGGAGGAUGUCGCAGAGGACGUCUCCGGCGCCAUUUCUGGUGAAAACUUACCAGCUGGUGGACGAUCCGACCACCAACGACGUGGUUUCGUGGAGCGACAGCGGCUCCACCUUCGUCGUUUGGAAAACUGCUGAAUUCUCUAAGGAUUUACUUCCUAAAUAUUUCAAGCAUAACAACUUCUCCAGCUUCGUUCGCCAGCUCAACACCUAUGGGUUCAGAAAGACCAUACCCGAGAAAUGGGAAUUUGCAAACGAGCAUUUCAAAAGAGGAGAAAAAGAGCUGGUCAUCAACAUCAGGCGCCGGAAAGCCGUGACAUCGGCUGCAGUCGGGAAAAAGAACGAUGCCGCAGCUGAUAACUCGCCAUUGCCAGAGAUCUCAUCCGGUGAAGAGACGCCAGGGUCGAGUUCCACCUCAUCACCCGACUCCAAGAACCCUGGGUCAGUGGAAACUCCUGGAAAAUCACAACAGUUCUUGGAACUUACGGAUGAGAAUGAGAGGCUGAAGAGAGACAACCAAACACUUAGCUCUGAGUUGGCUCAGACCAAGAAGAAGUGUGAUGAGCUGGCAGCUUUCCUAUCUCAAUACGUGAAGGUUGUACCUGAACCGAUCAUGAAUCAAGCAAUCUCUGCAGAUAUGAAUUCAUGUGAGGAUGAUGAUGAUGAUGACGACGAAAAGGGAGAGACACUGAAGUUGUUUGGUGUUUUACUGAAAGAAAAUAAGAGAAAAAGGGUUGGGGGUGAGAAAUUUGCAGCCUCACAUACAAAGGGAAUGAAGAAAUCUGUUGACUGCAGUGAUCACUCUCAAUGGAUGAAAUUCUCUCCUGCUCAUGGGGAGAGUGGCAAAGUCUGUCAUUAACAGACUGAUAUCAAGAGCAGAUAAACUUCACAAUGUGUUGGUGUGCCCUUUCUUUAAUGUAACAUUAAAUACUCAGUACCUUAGGCUGGCUUUAAGGUUGUCGAAUAAUGUGUGUUCGUUCCCCUUGUGUCUAUUCAGUGUGUACUAAGAGAACGUUUAACAAAAUGGUGAUUUUUACUUAUUGUAGUAUGUUAUUGGAAGUGACUUUGAACAUGUAAUAAUUGUUGCUACAUAAUAAUUAUGCAGUUAAAUUAAAAAACUGUUCUUUUUUUUCUCGUUUUCGA